AUGGAUAAUGUAAGAUGUUUGAUUUGCUCAAGAAGAUUAAAAAGUCAGGAUUCACUUCUUCUACAUGUUAAAUCAGCACAUUUGAAUGCUCCUAAUAAUACUAAUAAGAAAGCAAAAAGAAAACCAAAAAGGCGUAAUGGUAAUGACAACAGUGAUGAUAGAGAUGAUAAUGGUAAUGGCAUUGAUGAAAUUAAAAAAGGAGACAAAGAUAGAAAUCUUAUAAUUAUUGAUGAUGAUGAUGAUGACAAUAGUAAUAGCAAUAUUCAUAAUCAAAAUAUAAAAAACAUCAUUACUACAUCAACUAAAGGCAAAGAAACUAUUAAUCAAUCCAAUAAUAUCAUUGAAAUAUAUCCGCAAUUUCCUUGUGAAAUGUGCAAUGCGUCUUUUUCUUCACUAUUAGAAUUAAGCAAUCAUAUAGAUUCCAAUCAUCCAGAAGCUUAUCACCCAAUUCUAAUCACUUGUCCUGGAUGUAAAGAAGUCAAUCAUAAUAGAUAUUCGUUUAGUAGACAUAAAAGGCUUGUUCAUAAUAUGAAAGGUAUUCAGGAGGAUGAAAUAAGACAUGUUCCACUAACAUUCAAGCAAAAGAAAGGCAAAAAAAAAAAAUCAAAAAUCAAAAAUCAAGGUCCAUUAAAUAAAGUACAACAUAGUAAUCAAACAAACAAUCAGACACAGAAUCCACACGCAAUUCCAAAUAUUAAUUCACCAGGACUCAAUAAUAACAAUAAUACUUACACCAAUAGUGGUAGUCUUCCUCACAAUAAUCAUAUCAAUAAUUUUAACCCCAUCAAUAAUUUUAGUCCUUUUUUUAACCCUAUCAAUUUUAACGGUAUUGGCGAAUCAGUUACCAUGCAAUUUACUUCAACAACAGGACAAGUUGUUUCAAGAUCCUUCAUUAGAUGUAAGAUUUGCAAUAUGAAUUGCGAAUCCGAUCUAGCCUUUUCACUUCAUAAAAGACAAGCACACUGA